AUGCACUGCUGCUCUCAGGAUGCUUGCUUAUGGGAAGGCCGCAGGUCAAUUGAUAUAGAAAUCAGGAUGGCAGAGAGCACGGUCCUAACGACCACGAUGCAAUUUGCACGCACUGUGGUCAAGGUGUUCGGAGCAGAGUACCUGAGAGAGCCAACUGUGGAGGACACAGAAAAAUUGUUGGCAAUUGGAGAAGCAAGAGGAUUUCCAGAUAUGUUAGGUUCAGUUGAUUGCAUGCACUGCAGUAAAACAACUGCCCAAAAGAUCCCGUCGACCAUCGCCGCCGCCUCCAGUGCCAUCGACGACUGCCCGGGCGAGGGUGUGCAGAUGGAUAGACGUUGGAUUCAUGGUACAUUGUUUUCCCGUGAGUACAUCGAAGGUGUCAAAGAAUUUAUGAAAUUCAUUCAAGAGAAAUUCAGUGAGGAUGAUAAAAUACUCUGCCCAUGUAGAAAAUGCCUUAAUCAUAACUACCAGCAUCAGACCGUUGCGAACACGCACAUACUGACAUAUGGCAUGGAAAGUACAUAUACUCGCUGGAUAUAUCAUGGAGAAGACUUUGAUGUAGAUGUUAUUGAACAUCUUGUUGAUGUGCAUGACACUGAGGAUGGUGACAAUGGCGCCGACCGGUUUGAAGAGAUGUUUGAAGACCUACGCACAGCAGUAGAACAAGCUCAGAGUGAAACUGAAAAUCAAGAUGCUAACAAUGGUGGAAACCCUUCUGAGAAUGAGUCUUUUUUGAAGAAUGUGAUGAAGGAGGCAAAACGACAGCUUUAUCAUGGUUGUACCAAGUUUUCAAGGUUCUCCUUUGUGGGCAAACUAUCGCUUGUCAUUCCAGAAGGGAGGAUAAGGCCAGAGGCACCUCGUCUUGCUGCAAAGUUUGCAACUGAAUGCAACGUCACAGUCAGACACCAUAUGCCUGUGUUUAAGCGCUGGAAGGAUUACAAGGACCCAGAUGGACAUGUCCGAGAUGGGCUCUUCAGGAACUUUGUAGGCAAAGUUGGUAACAAGUUUCAGAUGGACGUAGAUGCUGUGCCAGUUAGGAAGGCUUGUACUGAAAUGCUGAAACGUGCGACUCGCCAACAACGAUAUAGGCUCAAGAAAGAGUUUUUUGACCCUAACCCACUCCAUUUGGUGACGAGAACUUCUCCUGUCCCCUCGAUGACUGAUGAGCAGUGGAAUGAGCUGGUGGAAAGCUGGAAGGAUCCCAAAAAGAUGGGGAUAUGUGAAAUUAACAAAAAUAAUCGAGCUCAAGUUAAGUUUCACCAAACUAUUGGCGCGCGCAGCUAUCCUGUGCAUUGUGAUAAUCUGGGCGACAAAUACAAAGAUAAAGAACCCACUGCAUUGGAUUUGUUCAAGGAGUGUCACUACAGCAAGAAAAAGAAAAGCUACACUGAUGUCGUGCAAGCUGCAAUUACUGAGAUGGAAAACAAGGCCUCUCAACCUACAGAAGAUGGUCAGGAAUCAAACUCUGCAACCGAGGCUGUAGCUGAAGUGCUUGCUAAGCACACUAAGAAGCCAAGGUUUCUUCAGCAUGUGGGGAUCCAGCAUGUCCAUGCGAGAUCCAGUGCAGAAGUGCCAACGGAGAAGAGGGACAAUGUCGAGCUUCGGGCACGUGUUGACACGUUGACCAAGAUGUUGAAGGAGUUCGAAGAAGCAAGGAUCAGGCAAGACGAGGAGCACGGGAAGAUAGAUGAGGAGAACAGGAAGAAGCAAGCUACGAUGGAUGCAAAACUAGACUUUUUGCUAAGUCAGUUGCAACCAAGAUCAGCUCAAGGGUAA